GCUGUUGGUGUUAUGCCUGGUUGUAGUGAGUGCUGUACGCUGUGCUGUUGCUGUAGUGGUCUUGGUGUGGUGUGGUACAACAAUCGAGUGAUGUGAACCGCAAACUGCACCUCAGCUCAGACAUGGAUACCUGGAUGGAGGAGGUGGUAUCCAUGAUGUCUUCAAGCAGUCCUAGAAUGGUGUCUCCUCCCAUCAAGAAGGAGGAGGAUAAUUAUCAAGCUUGUUCUCCAACCAACAGCAGUCUUUACUCCCCCACCACCACCCUCAACAACUCUCAAAAUGAUGAUGGGAUGAAGGAAGACGACUUGCCGCGGAGGCUGUGUCUAGUGUGUGGUGAUGUCGCAUCAGGGUUUCACUACGGCGUAGCCUCUUGUGAAGCCUGCAAGGCGUUUUUCAAGCGCACCAUUCAAGGAAGUAUCGAGUACUCAUGCCCCUCAGCCAAUGACUGUGAGGUGACCAAGCGUAGACGCAAGGCUUGUCAGGCUUGUCGCUAUCGCAAGUGUCUGAGUGUGGGAAUGCUCAAGGAAGGAGUCAGACUGGACCGUGUGAGGGGCGGCAGACAGAAGUACCGUCGCAGCACUGACCUGCCUUACACCUUCCAGUACCAGCUUGCUCAGCCCUCCUCAAACAUGAGACUUGAUGAAAUCAAGAUCCUGGAGGCGCUGGCCCUCAACGAGCCAGAGAUACUGAGUGAGAGCCAGAGUGGUGCAGACCUGGACCCUGCCAUGGCUACUGUGGCCAAGCUGAGUGACCUCUAUGACCGUGAGCUUGUGGGAAUCAUCGGCUGGGCCAAACAGAUCCCAGGUUUUACAGAUCUGUCACUGAAUGACCAGAUGAGGUUGCUGCAGAGCACAUGGGCUGAGAUACUCACACUGACACUUGCCUACCGCUCCAUCCCCAAGAGCGGCAAACUACGCUUUGCUGCAGACUUCUCUCUGGACGAACGACAAGCAAGGGAUUGUGGCGCUAUCGAAGUCUAUAACCAGUGCAUCCACAUGGUAGAGAGAAUAGAGGACGUGCACAUGGCUAAGGAAGAGUAUUACUUGCUCAAAGCGCUCGUGCUGGCCAACACUGACGUUAGGCUAGAUGAAGUAGUCGCACCCAAGAUGUUCCGGGAGUCCAUCCUCACCGCUCUCACCGAGUGUGUCGCCAUAAUCAGGCCGAACACGUCAACAUCACAAGUGUGCAGUCUGCUGCUCUGCCUACCUGCGCUGAGACAAGCCGACCUAGCGGUGAGACGGUUCUGGACCAACAUACACCGCGAGGGAAAGGUCAUCAUGAACAAACUGUUUGUGGAGAUGCUGGAGGCUUACCUACGCUUGUAGCAGUUGACCACUCUCUCAAGGGAUUAUGGGACAAGUGCAGGCUUUAAUGUAACUUACUAGUAUCUACAUAUUCGAGAAGAUUUUAAUUUGAACAAUUUAUUGUACGGUAACUGAAGUAUUAUUUAUUUUAUUUUAUACUUUUUAAUUCCAAAUAUUUUCAAAGAUACAUGUCGUAUACAUACAGUAUGCGUGUUUUUACUAAAAUUCGCUAAGUCCCAUUAUUCCUUGAAAUGUAGAAUUCUGUAUUAUAAAUUAUGAAAGAUAUUUUUGUUACCUAGUUAGUGUGUUAUGUAUUUAUGUAUUAUAUGGUACAUAUGUAUUUAUGAUUGGGUGACGUAGUGGACUGAUUGUAUAGUAUAUUUAUAUUGUAGUUGUUUUUAUCAACUGAUUUAGUAGAGUUGAAUAAAAACUAUAAAGAGUA